GUUGACAUGGCAUUUCUACGACAAAUUCAUCGCCUAUUGAAAAUUGUCUUACCGGGUGUCCGAUCAAAGGAAUUCUGGAUGCUGGUCGUUCACUCUGGUUUUCUAGUGUUUCGCACAGUCCUUUCUGUAUAUAUUGCUUCUCUGGAUGGUCGGAUCGUUAGCGCCUUGGUACGCGGCAAACUGAAAGAGUUUCUUCGCGGCAUAGUGUGGUGGAUGGCCGUGGCGGUGCCUGCCACUUACACAAACAGCAUGCUGGCCAGUCAGUUCCGUACACGGUUAACGACCUUUGUUCAUGACCAGUACCUCACGGACAUGUCGUUUUACGCUAUUGGCAAUCUGGACGAUCGAGUUUAUGCUGCCAGUUUUAUUAUUCAACUGUCUUCGGUCCUUAUGCGUAAAUAUACGCCCGCCUUUGGUAAAAUGGUGGCUGAAGAACAGCGCUUGGAAGGCGAAUUCCGGUUCCGACAUUCGCGGAUUAUUGAAAACGCUGAAGAAAUUGCCUUGUACAGGGGACAAAAGAUGGAGAAAGCGAUCCUUGAUCAGAGUUACUAUGGAUUAAUCAAGCAUGUCAAUCGUAUUUAUCGUUUACGGGUCCCACACGGCAUGUUGGAGGAUUUUAUCAUCAAAUAUUUCUGGGGAGCUUGUGGACUUUUAUUAUGCUCUGUACCUGUCUUUUUCAAAGUGCCUGGCGUCAACCUCAACAGCGUUGGCAAUCGUACAGAAGGCUUCGUUACCAACCGUCGUCUAUUGAUGAGCUCUUCCGAUGCGGUGGGUCGGAUCAUGUACGCAUACAAGGAAAUCACGGAAUUAGCGGGCUAUACCAGUCGUGUGACGGAUCUAUUAAAUGUUUUGGAGGAUGUCAAGGCGGGUCGAUAUCAGAAAAACCUUGUCUCAUCAACUUCGACCACGGAAAAUGCAAAAUCGCUGGAAGGACGAGGCACGGUGAUUGAAAGCGACAAUAUUGAGUUUAUCGAUGUGCCUAUUAUCAGUCCCAACGGUGAUAUGCUCGUUCCAAAGCUGACCUUCCAUGUCAAACCAGGCAUGCAUCUUUUGAUUAUUGGCCCCAAUGGAUGUGGCAAGUCAUCUCUUUUCCGUAUUCUCGGUGGAUUAUGGCCAGUGUAUGGAGGAACGUUACAUAAGCCCCACCAUCGAGACAUCUUUUAUAUCCCACAAAGACCGUACCUUUCUUUGGGUACUCUUAGAGAUCAAAUUUUAUACCCAGAUACUGUGGAAGACAUGCAGCAGCGCAAUGUGACUGAUGAUGAUCUCUUGGAUAUUCUCAAGAUUGUUCAAAUCGAACAAAUUGUUGAGCGUGAAGGUGGAUGGGAUAGCCAGAAAGAAUGGGGUAACGCGCUCUCGGGUGGUGAUAAGCAACGUAUUGCAAUGGCCCGCUUAUUUUAUCAUGCGCCCCGAUAUGCUAUUCUGGAUGAAUGUACCAGUGCGGUCAGUAUGGAAAUCGAGAAAAUCAUGUACACUCAUGCCACCGAUCUUGGCAUUUCCCUGCUUACCGUCUCCCACCGACCUUCGCUGUGGCAAUACCACAACUUUAUCCUUCAAUAUGAUGGACAAGGCGGUUAUGUCUUCACCAAGCUUGACGCACAAAAACGCUUUGCAUUACAGGAAGAAAAAGUGGCGAUUGAGCAACAGCUUCUGGAAAUCCCCAAGCUCCAAGCACGACUGCAAGAACUUCAAGAACUCCGACACGCAUUAUAA